AUGAUCGAAUCUCAUGCGGAACCAUUAAUAAAUGAUAAUAGUAAACAAAAACUGCCUCAAAACCAUGCAUCAAAUAAACAAUUACUUAAACAUUCUGUUCAAUUUAUCUCUAAAGAUUUGCGUGUAUAUCUUGAACUAAUUAUUCACAAAAUGAGCGCCUGUGUAGAUUCCCAUCCGUUUCGGCAAUCAGUAGAUUCAGUUGCUCUUAAUAUUCUUGAUAAUUCAACAAUAAUUAAACAUCCGAUGGAUAUAUCAACAAUGUAUAAUAACUUAUUACAUGGAAAAUAUAAAACUUCAUUAGAAUUUUGUAAUAAUGCACGGCUUUAUAAUAAGAAAAUUACACGUGUUUAUACAGUGUGUGUACAAAAUUUUCGGAAAAAUCAAUUAGGUUGUCAAAUACUACGGGAUGGAAAUUAUUAUUUUUAUAACAAUCCUGAACCAUCACGAUUAAAUUUAUCCGGUGAUAAAUAUAUAUUUUGUGCUAAAUAUUUGAAUUCAGUUAAAAGUGUUUCAAUACUUGUUGUUGAUGAUCUAACUGAAAUAUUAGUCGACAUACCGAAAACAUUAUUUCUACCCGCUAAAAAUGACAUACAAAAGCCUGAAAAAAUGAUUGCUUGUAUUGUUUGUACAUGUAGUUGGCCUCAAAUAUGUGCAUUACAUUUAGAUCAAAUAUGGCUUGAACGUUUUAUAUGUAAUAUGUAUAUACGUGAAUAUAAUAUACAAGGUCAAGAAAAUCGUUAUGUGGCACAUAGAUUAACAGUAACUAAUUUAGUAUUACAAUUAGAACAACGUGUUAAUGAUUCUUUACAUAAUCAAGGUUGUCAUAGAGGUCGUGUUACAAUUCAUAUAUUAGCUGCUAGUGAUAAAAUAAGUGAAGUGAAACCACGUUGA